CUCCACUCACCACCACUUACCUCCACUUACUCACCUCCACUUACUCACCUCCACUUACGCCACCACCAUGACCACCGCCGCCUUCUCCCACGAGCCCGGGACCGCCAUGGAGUGUCUAAGCAUUCCCAUAACGCUUGAGAAGGAGACGGGUAUUGACGAGAACGGGCGGCAGGUUCUCAAGUGUGGCUUCAAGAUAGGAGGCGGCAUAGACCAGGACUACAUGAAAAGCCCCCAAGGAUACACUGACAAUGGCAUCUACUGCACUGAGGUCCAUGACGGGUCGGCCGCCGCUCGUGCUGGGCUACGCGUCCACGACAAGAUCCUUCAGUGUAAUGGCUAUGACUUCACCAUGGUCACGCACAAGAAAGCCGUCGACUACAUCAGGAAACACCCCGUACUGAACCUCCUGGUGGCUCGCCGCGGGGUCACUCACUCCUAACUGGUGGAGAGUUUCCCCAGCUUUCCAACGGUGCCCUCGGAUCUGGUCUACCUGGCCGGGAAGUUGGUCAAAAUUGGUCAAAUGUGAGAGGGUGUGUGGUUCAAGUUAGCUGUGUUCCCAUAAUUUUGACCACAAGUUGCAUAUACUAGUUUCCAUUUUUCUAUCUUAUUUUUAUGUUAUUUUAUUGUCACUUAGCAUCAUCUGGUAGAAAAUUUCCUAAUGUUUUCAACGGUGUAUUCGGAUUUGGUCUACCUGAUCAGGAAGUUGGUCAAAAUUGGUCAAAUGUGAGAGGAUGUGUCGAUCAAGUUAUCCAUUUUCACAUCAUUUUGACCAGAAGUUGCAUAUAAUAAUUUCCAUUUUUCUACCUUAAUUUAACACUUUUUUUAAUAUCACUUUGUAUCAGCUGAUAGAGAAUUUCCUUGGCUUUCUACUGAUGGCUUCGGAUUUGCUUUAACUAGUUCAUAAAUAGGAGAAAAAUAGCAAAAUAUGAGGCAGUGCGUCAUCCAACUUCAGCCAUUUUUGCAUUGCCAUGACCAGAAGUAGCUUGCAAGCAUUCCCUUUUAUCUAACUUAUUUUAAUUAUUUUGCAGUGUCACUCAGCAUCACCUGGUAGAGAAUUUCCUUGGCUUUACAAUGGUGUCUUUCGAUUUGGUCUAUCUGGUCUAGAAGUUGGUCAAAAUUGGUCAAAUGUAAGAAGAUGUGUGGGUCAAGUUAGCCUAUUUCACACAUUUUUUUACCAGAAGUUGCAUAUACUAAUUUCCAUUUUUCUACCUUAUUUUAACUUUUUCGUAAUGUCACCUAGCAUCACCUGGUAGAGAAUGUCCUCAGCUUUCCAACGGUGUCCUCGGAAUUGCUGUAACUAGCCUGGAAAUUGGAGAAAAAUAGCAAAAAGUGAGAGGAGGUGUCUCAGAUCCGCCAUUUUUGCCCCACCAAGACCGGAAUCGCUCACAUUAACUUCCUUUUUUUUCAUAUGUGCCCUGCCUCUUGUAAGUGCUGCAUAGACUCAUCUUAUAGUAAAUUUCAUCAGCUUUCCAACGGUGUCCUCGGAAUUGCUGUAACUAGCCUGGAAAUAGGAGAAAAA